UCCCAGCCUCCCGCCAGCCCAGAGUCAAAGUCUGGCACCAGGCCAAGGAAGCCCCACCCAGGGGCCGGCCCGGUCUUGGAUGUUUCAUUAAGAAGGGCGGCAGCGAGGCCGGGCAGAGCAGGGACGACCAGGAGGAAGGGCAUCUUGGCAGGGUCUCAGGAUGGACCCCUUCACAGACACACUGCAGCGGCUGCGGGAAGCCUUUGGCUCGGGGCGGACGCGGCCGGCCGAGUUCCGGGCUGCCCAGCUGAAGGGCCUGGGCCGCUUCCUGCGAGAGAACAAGCAGCUUCUGCAGGAGGCACUGGCGCAGGACCUGCACAAGUCAGUCUUCGAGUCUGAGGUAUCUGAGAUCAGCAUCAGCCAGAGCGAGAUUGACUCGGCCCUUAGGAACCUGCGGGCCUGGAUGAAGGAUGAGAAAGUGUCCAAGAACCUGGCCACGCAGCUGGACUCGGCCUUCAUCCGAAAGGAGCCCUUUGGCCUGGUGCUCAUUGUCGCCCCCUGGAACUACCCCGUGAACCUGAUCCUGGUGCCGCUGGUGGGCGCCCUCGCCGCAGGGAACUGCGUGGUGCUGAAGCCCUCGGAAGUCAGCAAGAGCACGGAGAAGGUCCUGGCCGAGGUGCUGCCCCGAUACCUGGACCAGAGCUGCUUUGCCGUGGUGCUGGGCGGGCCCCAGGAGAUGGGGCAGCUGCUGGAGCACAAGUUCGACUACAUCUUCUUCACAGGGAGCCCUCAAGUCGGCAAGACCGUCAUGGCUGCUGCCGCCAAGCACCUGACGCCCAUCACGCUGGAGCUGGGGGGCAAGAACCCCUGCUAUGUGGACGACAACUGCGACCCCCAGACCGUAGCCAACCGCGUGGCCUGGUUCCGCUAUUUCAACACUGGCCAGACCUGCGUAGCCCCCGACUACGUCCUGUGCAGCCCUGAAAUGCAGGCGAGGCUGCUGCCCGCCCUGCAGAGCUCCAUCACCCGUUUCUAUGGCGAAGACCCCCAGAGCUCCCCGGAUCUGGGCCGCAUCAUCAACCACAAACAUUUCCAGCGGCUCCGGGGCCUGCUGAGCUGUGGCCGCGUGGCCAUCGGUGGCCAGAGUGAUGAGAGCGAGCGCUACAUCGCCCCCACGGUGCUGGUAGACGUGCAGGAGACAGAGCCAGUGAUGCAGGAGGAGAUCUUCGGGCCCAUCCUGCCCAUCAUGAACGUGAGGGGCCUGGACGAGGCCAUCGACUUCAUCAACCGUCGGGAGAAGCCCCUGGCCCUGUACGCCUUCUCCAACAGCAACCAGGUGGUCAAGCGGGUCCUGGCACAGACCAGCAGCGGGGGCUUCUGUGGAAACGAUGGCUUCAUGCACAUGACCCUCAGCAGCCUGCCUUUCGGAGGAGUAGGUGCCAGUGGGAUGGGUAGCUACCAUGGCAAGUUCUCUUUCGACACCUUCUCCCACCACCGUGCCUGCUUGCUGCGCCGCCCUGGGCUGGAGAAGAUCUACGCCAUCCGCUACCCACCCCACUCUCCACGCAACCUGAGGCUGCUGCUCCUGGCCAUGGAGGCCCGCGGGUGCAGCUGCACGCUGCUCUGAGCCCACCUCAGGCGCUGGGGCACCGAGUGUCCUUCCCAGCUCACGUCUAUGCGUUCUCCGCUGCCGCAGCCACCUGGUGAAGACCUGGCCCGGGGUCCACGACACAGAAGGAAAAGACCAGCCAGGGCUGUAGCCCAGAUCAGUGCCUGCCCUCCUCCCUCCUGGGGUUUCUCUUGUCAGGCCCUCAGCUGCCCAUCAGCUAGGAUGGGCCGAGUUGCGGAAGUGCGGGAAACAGAGCAAUAACCUGCCCCCCCCCACCCCGCUCCCCCACUGGCCACCGUGUCCUGGGAGAGGAGGGCAGAUGUGAGCACCUCUGAGCUACCCCUCUUUCUGUGGAGGGUGCAGAAGGGGCCCUGGCAUCUGGUCCAUGCCACAUUGUGGACCUCUGUGACCUGGGUGGUCCCUGCCCUCUCUAACCCUGUUUCUCUGGCGGUUGUCCGAAGUAGGUGACUGACAAUACCUUCUGGGAUCACUGUCAGGAUUAAAUUUCAGAGCUUAAUUGCUGACUGCAA